AGCGACACACAGAGAUGCGUGGUUAUUUCUGCCUGCUAGUUGUAUUACUGGUGUUGGUCUCCUUGACAUUCAUAGAUGGCAAAGACAAAGACAAAUCAUCCAGGCAGAAGGAAAGGAACAAACUGAAGGAGCAGAAGAGAUUGGAGAGAUAUGAGGAAACCAGGGCAAAAGAUAGGAAAGCAAAGAGAAAUGGACGUAAGAGACUUAGGGCAGACAAGAUGGACGACAAGGACCUGGAUCCCAAUGAUCCUGAUUUGCAGAUGGUUCUAAGCUUUGGAGUAGGAGUGGAUGGGAAUAUCAGAACUCCAAAAGGGACUCAUUCCGAGAAUUCGACGAGACUUUUAGAAGAGAGUCUGGAUCGAACUGUGGAGACGGAGGUAGAGUCCGAAAAGGAGGGCAAACCGGGAAAACAGAGACGAAAAAGGAAUUUCGGUCCGGGUUCCACAAACUGGCCUAAAGGUGUCGUCCCCUACAUCUUUGAUGAUAAUUUAGUGGCCAACAGAGCGCCAUUUCUAGAAGCUAUUGAAAUAUUCAAUCAGCUAACCUGUAUUAGAUUUAAGCCAUCAUCCUCGUCAGUAGCGGCGGAAGUCGGACACACGGGAUACGUCCGUGUUUUGAAUGGAGGUGGCUGCAGUUCGGGAGUUGGUUUCCAUGGUAACGAGGAACAUCAUAUAACCCUAGCAGAACCCGGAUGUGGAUCAGUCAGUAUUGCUGUACAUGAAAUGCUGCAUAGAAUCGGACAGAGACACGAACAGUCCCGUAACGAUCGGGAUCGAUAUGUCAAAAUUAUAUGGGAUAACAUCGAUCCCAACUACAAGAAUAAUUUCUACAGACGAUUGACCUAUAAUCUUAACCCGUAUGAUGUAGGAAGCGUGAUGCAGUACGGAUACACGUCAUUUGGCGGUGGAAAAAAGACUAUAGAACUUAAGGAUAAGAAUCUGUACUUCCUAGAAGUUCCUGGGAACCAGGUCUUGUCUUUCUACGAUUUAAAAGAUCUGCUGGACCACUAUGAUUGUACAGCUCAUUGCACCUCCCGUCCAGUCUGCCAGCAUGGGGGAUACGUGAACGUUACCUGUAGUUGUACCUGUCCGGAGGGGUUCACCGGAGACCUGUGUCAGACAGUCGUCACUGACUCAGAUUGUGGAGGGAUUAUUUCUUUGAAGGAAGCUUCCAUUCUUGGUGAAAAUAAAGAUGUUUUUAUAACAUCCCCUAACUACCCUGGCCAAGCUGGACAAGGAAAAGUUUGUAGAUGGGUUGUGAAGGCACCUGAAGGUUACAUUAUUAAGAUGACAGUUGAUGACCUCCAUAUGGCCUAUAACCCGGAUACACUUCGUUGUUACCACUGGUUAGAGAUUCAGUACAAUCUACCUGGCCAGCCUGGAAUAAGGCGAUGUGGAGACAUUGUUGGAGAUACUUUCCUGACAUCAGCUGAUUCCCCAACGUUAAUGAUUGUUACUAUGGAUACCAGAUUUGCUGGCAGCAGGGUUACACACAAAGGGUUCAGGCUUCACUUUGAGAAGGAAAGAGAAGUAUGUAGGGAUAACCCUUGUCAGUACGGGAAGUGUUUCCCCACAGAGCUGAAGGCUUGUGAGUACAAGUGUGUGUGUCAACCCGGAUACACGGGGGACAACUGUGACCAGGUCAUAGCCGAUGUCAAGCUAAAAUGCACCUUUGAGAGACAUGAAAAGUGUUUCUUUCAAAACGUUCAAGAAGGAGACAACUUUGAAUGGGGACCUGGAUUUAAGCACACUACGUCAGAAGGGACAGGGCCUGAGGGAGCCUACAGGGGAGAGAGUUACCUCUUCACAGAGAUGUCCUCCCCCAGAAAACCGGGCGACAAAGCUAUCCUACAAACUGUGGUACCCCUCCCAGAGAAAGCUGGUUGUCUUUCAUUUGCAUACAAUAUGUUCGGAUUAAAUGUUAACAAGCUGACACUCUUUGUGGAGGGAACAAACACAGCCAAGACCUCACUUUGGUCUAAACAAGGAAAUCAGGGUUCUGAUUGGUUGAUGGCUCAGGUCAAUGUUCCCGCUACAGCGGGUCUAAAGUUGUCGUUUGAAGCUCUUACUGGAGAUGCUUGGGAUAGUGACGUAGCUCUUGACGAGAUCACGUGGGAGGUGGGACAAUGUGAUUCAAGCAAGCUUAAGACCUGUAUAGAACAUGGAAAGGAGUUCGAAGGAACACGUGACUAUACCAAGAAUGGGGUCAAAUGUCAGGCAUGGGUAGUCAACGAGCCACAUGAUGUACCCACAAAGUAUGCGUACCUCGCCAAUCAGUCAAACUACUGCCGGGUCGCGGAUGAACCCUCCCCAUGGUGCUAUACCACGUCAGCCUCCACAAGAUGGGACUGGUGUGACGUUCCCUAUUGUAGUGCUACAGAGUGUGCAUACUCAGCUAACGGCGCGGACUACACGGGGACAAUCAGUUACACAAAGUCAGGCUACCCCUGUCAGAGGUGGGACUCCCAGACCCCUCACCCUCACGACUACAACAAGCUAGAUAAGGAUGAGAACUACUGUAGGAACACAGACAACAGCCCUCAGCCUUGGUGUUAUACUCAGGAUCCUCACGUUCGCUGGCAGGAGUGCGAGGUCCCGCGUUGUGAGAAAGUAGAGAGGGAUUGUCUUAUGACUGGGAGAGGUCUGGAUUAUGUCGGUAAAGUGAGUGUAUCGAGCUCGGGAAAAACCUGUCUACCCUGGACAGAUGAGACAAUGAUUGAUGAUGCUAACUACUGUAGAAACCCUGAUUCUUCUUCCAAGCCUUGGUGUCACGUGCAGGGAGACACAGGUCCCACCAAGGAGUACUGUAACAUACCAUCCUGUGCUGACUCGCCUUGUUUUCCAAAUCCAUGUAAAAACAAAGGACAGUGUGAAGUGGCGGGGACUUCAUACACGUGUACCUGUCUUAAUGGAUUCAAGGGAAAUAACUGUGAAGUAGAGGAUGAGCGACAGGAGCCCGAGUGUAAGAGAACCACUACGGGCUGGGAGUACUUGGGGAGGAUUAAUGUGACGGUGUCGGGGAGAUCUUGUCAAGCCUGGGCGUCCCAGUCCCCCCACACCCACUCAUCCUCCAACCUCCCAGAGAACUACUGCCGGAACCCGGACGGUGAGGGCGCCCCCUGGUGUUACACAACUGACCCCAACAAACGGUGGGAGCUCUGCGAUAUUCCAGAUUGCGUGAUACCAGCACCUGAAUGCCUCACCAGCUCAGAUCCCUCAGGGUUACGUUACUUUGGAACACAUAACGUUGCUGAUACUGGAGACCUGUGUCAGGCCUGGGCCAGUAACACACCUACCGCCCAUAGCUUCGGAAAUCUCGCCGACCAGUUCAACUACUGUAGGAACCCGGAUGGAGAGAGCGCCCCCUGGUGUUAUACAGUUAAUCCAAACGUCCGCUGGAGCAAGUGCAACAUUCCUCAUUGCUGAAAACUGUUCUCAUUUUACAAUAAAAACUCGUUUACUAUCUGCUAUUACAUAAAUUCAUAAGCUGUUAAGCUAAUGGUUAAAACCUUUUCUACAGCUACUGCUUAUAAUACUUACUGAAAAUUAUACUUGUACUUACAUGUUACUGUUUCUAUGAACUUUUGUUUUAUUAUUAGUUUAAAAUAGAUUUCUAUAUGGCCACAGUUAUUUUGUAAAUGUUCCGUAGAAUUUUAAGCAUUCGUGGUGCAAACUUUCGGUUAAACACCC